AUGGGCCUGGAAGAGAAAGCUGCUAUCGUAUUCAAUGCCACAUUCGUUCGUCCUGCAAAUUUCUAUCUCAGCGGUUUUUCCAACAUCCCUCAUGUUACUUAUUACUAUGUCUUUCUGUGUUUUGUCUUUAUCAUGACUGUUCUUGGGAAUGGCCUACUCCUCUCAGUUAUCUACAUGGUCAAGACUCUUCAUACGCCUAAAUACAUGAUUGUGUUCAACCUGGCUUUUACAGAUUUGUGUGGCAGCACUGCUCUCAUCCCAAAACUCUUAGACACAUUUUUGUUUGACAGGAGAUAUAUUAUUUAUGAGGCUUGCUUAAGUUACAUGUUCUUUGUUUUGCUCCUUGCAAGUGUGCAGUCAUGGACACUUGUCACUAUGGCAUAUGACAGAUUCAUAGCAAUUUGCUUCCCUUUAAGGUACCAUAGUAUUGUAACGAAACCAGCUAUUGCUGCAAUGCUGUUAUUCACAUGGAUUUUUUUAUCAAGUCUAGUAGCAUUUAUAGUUGGAAUUAUUGAUCGCCUUUCCUUCUGUGGAUCUGUGGUGGUAAAAAGCUUUUUCUGUGAUCAUGCACCGGUAUAUCGUCUGGCCUGUAAUGACUCGUCUUUGAAUAACAUAAUGGCAUAUGUUGCUUUUAUUAUAGUACUCUGUUGUCCACUUAUAUUGAUAGCAAUCACAUAUGUUUGCAUUUCCAUAGCACUGAGCAGGAUUGCAUCAACAGAGGAACGACUCAAAGCAAUGAAAACUUGUACUUCUCACCUGAUCCUUGUGGCUAUUUUCUUUCUGCCAGUUGUGGGCACCAACAUAGCUGCAGUGGCCUCCUACAUCCAUCCUAAUGCAAGGAUCAUAAACUCCUCUUUGACACAUACCAUACCAGCUUUGCUCAACCCUAUUGUAUACUCUUUAAAGACAGAGGAAGUGUUGAACUCUAUCAGGAAGCUUUGCAAACGAUAUAGGCUUAGCAAUAUUACUUCAUCCAAAAAGGUGAACACUUCAUCACUGCUGCAUUGA